UGCAUUUUACAAGUUUCGUUUCUUUGUAACAGUCGUGCUGCGUUGCAUUGCUAAACCGAUCAGAUGGGGUCUUCACUUGAUAAACCAGCUGACCAUCCAGGUAUUUGUCCGUUAUGUCAUCGCGAGUGUCGGAAUCAGAUCACACUAGGAUGCAGGCACCGCUUUUGUCAGGGCUGCAUUGGAGAACUGUGGAGCGUUUCCUCUACGGGUCCUUAUUAUUGCCCCGAAUGCAAUUACGAAUACCUGGAGCUUCCAGACUUCAGAGACCCAUAUGGAGCCUCCUCGUCUGCGGCAGUGCACAGAAACUUGAAAAGACUCUCUGCACGCUACUCCCCCAAAAAUGUGCUUGGGAAAAGGAAAUUUAGUUCAGCUACCUUCAGGACGUCCAGUGAAGGCUACAGGCUUGGCACAGGCCCAUCCAACAGCAGCCCAGUCACUAUCAAUGAUUCUUCUGAUCCUGAUACACCACCAAAAAAGAAAAAGGCCACAGGAACGCCUUUAUCAGAAGACCAAAGAACAGCUCCUGUUUGUGACACAUCCUCAACAGAAGCUACAUCCCCAGUAAAUAGCACACCAUCUAAAAAGAACAUGGCUUCAACCAGUGAAUCAUCACUGGAGAAUCCUAUGAGAGAGGGGGAUCUGGAAGAGCCAUCCUGUAGUGGAAUAGAGAGGCCCCAACAAAAACCAGCAUCACCAGCAAGUACUCAUCCUCAUCAGUCCUCUCAACAAGCCAAAACCUCCUCAGGCCGUCCUAUGGAACAGUCACAAAAUGUCCCAGCUCACAAUGACAUAUCUCCAGUAUCUGGUAAGGAGGGGCCUUCCAGUGAGAGCUCAGUGCUUUGCCACUACUGCUCCAGUCAAGAGCAGAGGUCAGCUGUGAAGACCUGUCUGGUAUGCGGGGCAUCUAUGUGCCCAGAGCAUCUGCGGAGCCAUUUGGAAUCACCUGUUUUCCAGAGCCACCCACUUGUGCCUGCCGUGGAGGAUGUGUCACUUUGGAGGUGCCAAGAGCACCAGGAGAUGAACCGCAUCUACUGCCGUCCUUGUGGGGUGUGCGUGUGCACUGUGUGCACUGUAAUAGGCUCACAUAAGGACCAUGCCUGCAUCAGCAUCAGAGAGGCUGAGAAAGAGCUUAGGGCCACUCUGAAUAGUGAAAUGAAGAAGAUACAGACAAAAGAAACAGCUGUCUUGAAAAGAGUGACUGAGCUCACAGAGAGAAAGAGCAAUAUUCAGGAGGCGGUGGAGGGCACACGGGCCUUUGUUGUACAGCAGUAUCAAGCCAUGCGGGAGGCCCUGGAAAUGGAGGAACAGCAGGCCCUGCGCUGUGUAGCCCAGGAGGAGAACAGAGUACUGGGAAGCAUUGAAGACCAACUCGAAACACUGAAUCAUGGACUUAGAACCAUCCAGAGCACUUUCAGCUCACUGCAUAGAUUAGCAGAUGCACAUGGAGCAUCCCGACCUCAGGAACAGGCCUUCAUCAUGGAGUACAGAAAGAUUGCCGAAUGUUUUAAUAGCCUAUCAAACCCUAUGGACAACCUGGAGCCCAUUGAGGAAGUUAAUCAAGGCAGACUGGACUGCCUGCAAGACUGGACCGAGAGAAGACUUGAGAUUGUAAUAAUAUCAGUGCCUCACAGGGACCCGUUCAGACUGCUGUAUGGUAUAAGUCCAACUCUGGAUCCUGACACUGCUCAUCCAAAGCUGCUCCUUUCUGCUGAGAACAGACAGGUGGAGUACAACGAGAUCCAGCAGGCCUACCCAGAGAAUGAGUCUCGCUUCACUGUCUUCCCCCAGAUAUUGGGCUCUAAGGCGCUGUGCCAGGGCCGCCACUAUUGGGAGGUGGAGGUCUCUUUGGAUGAGGGCCGCUGGAAGGUGGGUGUCAGCGACGGGCAGAUAGUCAGAAAGGGACAGAAAGAUAGCUGCCGUAUUGGCUUCUACCCAAACUCCUGGUGCCUGGUGUGUGAGAAGGGCAAAGUGGAAGCCCUGCAUGACAAGAUGACCUCAGCUGUGUGUGCCACUGGACUCCAGAAGGUGGGGAUACUCUUGGAUUUUGAGGAGGGUUGCUUGACAUUCUACAGUGUGGCUGAAGAGGGCACUCUUACCUUGCUCUACAGUUUCCAGCAUACAUUCUCUGAGCCGCUUUACCCUGCUCUGGCUGUCUCAAAAACACGACUCUCUAUUUGUGACCUAUAUGCUAGACCUGCUACAGAGUAGGGUGCAACUCAUAAAAAGCAACGUUUUGUUGCAGUAUAAUGUUCUGAAAAAUGCUGGCUUUCCUAGAAUUUGUAUCUUGCAGUCAUAGUACAAUGUAUUUAUGUGGAAAAAGCUGGCAGAAAUAUUUUAUAUUUUUAUCAUGUGUGUAUGAUAUAUCAUAUCAUACAUAAACAUAGAACAGUAUCUACUGAGAUUUGAUAAUGUCCAUACCUCAGUGUUUUCCAGUCCUUAUGAUUCUUCUUAUAUAGUGAGCCAAUACUUCUUGACAUUCCUUUUAUAACAUAGUAAUUAUUGAAAUGACUGCAAAAACAAACCACUGUUAUGCAAUCAAUACUCUUUGUACUGAUCACAGUGAAUGAAAUCAUGUACUGCAUUCCCAUGCUAUCACAAAAUUUUUACAUUUUGUACUUUUCAGAAAUUACUGCUUGUAUUUUAGUGUCAAAUAAAACUGACUGUGCCGUUUGUUUGCAGAGAG